ACAGUCGUUAGUAUAAGUUCAGCUUUGGGGAAAUACAGUUCACAAAAUUUUGGUCUCUUUUUUUUGGAAGUCCAAUCAAAAAUAAGUUUUAUAAAGUAUAUCAAAAUUCAGUAAAGUUAACUAAUUUAGGUUCUGCAUCAGAAUGAAUAUGGUAAAAGGCUUGAAGCUUUGUAUGCGAAUGUUUCGGCAGUUCGGGGUCUCGCGAAUACCAAGGGACCUUCAGAGCUCCAUUGGCUCCAUGGGCUGUGAUCAUCAGAUCCGUCACUUUCGGUCCGAUGAUCCACAAGACUGGACGGCAAUGCGUGCUGACGAUGCCAUCAAGCAGAUGAACCAAAAGUACAGCGACGAGUCAAGCUACGAUUCUCGGCCACACAACAGCUACGAACGGCAGGGGGAUAGCUUUGAUCAGAUUGACAGCCAAACGGGUAUGAGGGAUCCAGAGUCUAGGCGUAUGAUCACCCAGGAUACGAGCGAUCAUCAGCGUCGGCAGGAGCGCAUCAUCGAGGAGAACAAACGCAGAUGGCAGAAUCGUGUUGAGCCCAAGUCGCCAGCUGCACUUCAAUACGAGCGCGUCAAUCAGAUAUUCGGAGACGAGAAGCCCGGCCAGCAGCGCAAACGACGGGGAGGUAACGAGGAUCAGAGCGCCGAGGAAUAUAGCAAACGUCGUCGCGAACAGCGCCUGAAGGAGAAGACACGUCAAGAGCGGGAAUUACGCGAAUCUCGCAAAGGCUACAACCUUCCCAAAUCUGAAGGCUCUGAGCCAAGCUCGCCGUCCACCAUGAGCUCUGCUAGCAAGGAGUGGCUGGCGCGGAAGGCUGAAGAGGAGGAGGCCAAGUACUGGCACAGCUGGACCACCUGUCCGGAUGAGCGCAGACGCUUGGAUGCCGAAAAGGCUGAGGCCGAGACCGCCGAGGAAGACGAUGAGAGCUCAUCGGGCUAUAAGAAGAGUGACCGUCGCGGCUUCAUCAAGCCAACGUUGCCCUACGACAGCUCCGUGCGCCGUUUCCAGACCCACUCGCAGCAGGUGACAGCAGCGCCAGUUCAGUUUCCUGUGCGUCCGGUAAAUUACCCCAGUCAACAGCGAACCGCUGCCGAUCAGUUGAAGCCCGAGCGCCGUCGGCCCAGCGGAAUGGAGAAGCAAAUUAUGCUGAUCAACGAUUUCAAUAGGCUGAAGACUGUCAACAGGAAACGGCCGCUGUCCUUGCUGCAGUCGCACGUGUUCAAGUCACCAAAGACAAAGUACAGUGAACGUAGGGCGGAGGAGAAAUUGGAGGAUAUGGAAUUGCCGGAGCAGAUGCCACGCCCAAAACUUGCCUGGCAGGGCUUGCCACGGCCUGUCUACAAACGGUUUGAUGGCAUUAAUCGGGCAAUCGCCCGAAAAACCCAAUGCCAGAGCAAAAAUGCGAAAAAGUGCGUAGAGCCGCCACGCUUUAAGAUGACCCUCCGGUCCAACAAGCUGAGCCGCAUGCGUACACCGAUCGAUAGCUUUUCCAAUACGCUCACCGUUAAUACCCAUUUCACACCGCACAGCGAAUACACUGGCUACGGCCGGCAGACCGUGUGCGAUGCGUGGCAGAACUUCAGCAAUGUUCAUUACUUGAAGCAAACAUACUGAAUGAGAAUAAAUCACGAGAGGAAGGAACCCAAAACAGAGCUUGCCAAAUGAGUGAAUCUCAAAUUAGUUGUCGAGGAUUGAUGUUAAGUUA